CACAAAAAAUAUCAAAGUAGUAAUAUAAUUUGUUUUAAUAUCGUAGUUAUUGAUAAUCGGAGCAAUGUAUGUCGAAGCAGUAGCAUUAAUUUAUAAAUCGAAGUAGUAAAUAGUCGUGGCAUAUUUUGUACCAAGCCCACAUUGAUCUUACGGCCGAGUUCGAUGGUGGUACCAUAGACGUAAUGAACAAUUAACGUUUAAUUUUUCAAUUAAAAAACCAAUCAGACACAAGUAACCACUAAUCAGUCAUCGGUGGCGGCAACAAGUCCUGAACCUCUCUGCAACCGGCGAGUAAGAUAUACCUGCUGAUGCUGAUGUGAUGAAGAAUACAAAUUAAAGAAGAGGAGACGAUUGUGAAUGACGCAUCCGUCUUCGUCAAUCGACUUAAUCACUGCCUGCCUGUCAAAAGGACAGCGAGCGAGGAGCAUAUUAUAUUGUAUAUGGAUAGCUACAGCCUAUAGCCCGUAACCGCCAACCGGGUAAAUCAGUCGUUGUCAAAUACUUAUAAGUCCCAUUACUUAUAUGACUCAAUAAUAAUGAAAUAAGUUUAAUAAAGUAAUAUUGUUUUUAUGAAAUAUGUUUUGUUGGCGCGACGUAGGUAACUAUUAGAUUUGUAAUAUUAUAUUUUUUUUUUAAUCACUUGAAUACUAUCAUAAUAACAUAACUUAACGUACAAUGGAAUCGUCGAUAAAUAAUAAUUCCGUUCAAAAUCUGAAUCAUCAAAAAAUACAUCUCCACAAUAACGAGCAAAUCGAAAAAAACCGAUAUAUUCUAGAAAAAUAUCUCAAAUGUGCACUGUUUUGUGGAAAGAAUAGCCGCCCGCUGAAGGAUUGUGGUGCCAAUAAUACAACGACCCACGAAAAUAACUAUGCCGUAUUCUCAGGCGCUAUUGAACUAUGCAAAGGUUGUGACAUAAGUCUGCAUUGCUAUUUGGAAAACUCGACUAGCGUAAAUUGGACAUCGAUGACAAUCCACAACGAUUUAUUGAAUUGCAUACUCCUUGUAGCCCGGCAGAAAAUUUUAUCGGAAAUUGAAAUGGUGCCAUUCAUUUCAAUAAUUGUUGACGGGACCACUCAUGUUUCAAGCACCGUACAUUUGGUCGUACUUCUCCGCUAUGAAUUAAAAGGUAAGCCCGUCGAACGUUUCUGGGGCUUUUUCAACGCUGCCAACGGAACCGGCGACCCAACCAACAUAACGACAGAAUCAUUGACACAGACAAUAUUGUCCGAAAUGAACACGAUCUUAAAAGGCGCAACGUACAAAGUAGUAGCUCAAUCGUACGGCGGUGCAGCGGUAAUAAGUAAAGUAAACGCUGGAGUUAAGAAAAUGUACCCGUAUGCGUACAAUGUGCAUUGCCACACGCACCAGUUGGACAUUGAAAUGACUCAGUCGAUUUCUGGUGACAGAGAAGUCCAAAUGUUCUUUUCGGAUUUGUCGGACAUAACUCAAUUCUUUUUGAAUUCGCCGCAAAGGGUUGCCGUGCUAGACGGAAUAGUGGGCAAACGGCCAUCGCAGACUGGAUGCAAUUUCACCAGGUUGGGUGGCACUCUGGACACGGUCUACGUGUAUCGAAGUGAGAUGAUGCAGUGUAUGGACAUCAUAAUAGAAACAUCUCAACAGACGUCAAUAAUUAAACAGGCGGGAUCGAUAAACCGUUUACUGAGCGAUUCGGUGUUUGUACAGUGGUCGGCGGUCUUCUAUGAAAUAAUGCCAAACAUCCACAGUCUCCACGACAGUGUGCAAACCGCCGCAUUGGACGGCUCUGCUGACGAACGUAUACCGAUUUUGGUUCAACAGUUCGAAAAAAAUAUAUCAAACGUACGUAAUCGGGUUCCUGAUAUUAUUGAAUUGGCUUCGAACUUGCCGGACGUGGACGUUAAAAGAAAAAAUUUAGACGAGCAUUACAAUAAUCUUAGUAUCCAUGACUACGAGCUCAAUGAAUCUCGAAAAAAAUUGGCAGUUGAAAUUUGUAAUAUUUUAAUUGACACAACUAAAGAUCGCUUAAAGUUCACUAAACAUUUGUCCGCCGUUAAGCUAUUUCAGUCUGAAAAAUACCCCGUUUAUAAGGAAAAAUUUCCAAUUAAAUUACUUCAGUGUACGUUUCAUUGUUACCCAUUUUUCGAUAAAGAUAGAUUGAGAACUGAACUAGUAGUCAUGUAUUAUAGAGAUGAAUUUCGUUCUUUAUCUGGUAUUAUUCCAACAUAUCAAUAUAUGCUGAAGAAUAAUAUGAUUGAUACUUUUAAAGAAGUUAUUUUGCUUUUAAGACUAUUAAUAACAGUUCCUCCAAUGACCACUGGACAGGAAAACAGUUUUUCAACUUUAAGAAGCAUUAAGACGUGCCUAGAUAACACUUUGGUUGAAGAAAUAUUAAAUGCUCUUACGAUGAUAAAAAUUGAAAAUAAAAUGAUUUUGGAUGAUAUUAAUUUUAGUAAAAAUGUAAUAAAUAUGUUUAGUGAAAAACCUGGUAGAUGUUUAGAUUUUAAAUAUAAAACCUAG